AUGGCGGCUACGCGUUCUGCAGCCCUCAAAGUCGACUGGGCCAACCUUGGCUCCAAACUUGGUCUCAGAGGCAACACUGCCGCCGCGCUCGCCAACUUCAAGAAGCGCAACGACGAUGCGCGCCGCCGCGUCCAGGUCCUUUCUCAGGAGUCCCAGACCGUCGACUUCGCGCAGUACCGCAGCAUCCUGAAGAACCAGGACGUCAUCAACGACAUCGAGAAGCAGUUCAACGCUUUCCAGCCCAAGAAGUACGAUGUGCAGCGACAGAUCAAGGCUAUUGAGGCCUUUGAGGCACAGGCUGUCAAGAGCGCCGAGGAGACCAAGGGMAAGGUCGAUGCUGAGCUGAAGGACUUGGAGAAGACUUUGACCAACAUUGAGUCUGCUCGGCCAUUCGACCAGCUCACCGUGGACGACGUGGUCACAGCUCGCCCAGACAUUGACAAGCGCGUUGAGCAGCUGGUAUCAAAGGGUCGCUGGUCCGUUCCAGGCUACCAGGAGAAAUUCGGCAACCUCUCUGCGAUAUAG